AUGUUUGAUGAGUUGCGAGUAUCAUUUGGCGCCGAUAGAUUCUUAAUGAGGAUCAUUUUGGCCCCUCCACAAACUUUGGAUCUUGAAAGUUUCAUGCACUUGAGAUCUCUCGAGCCUCUUUCUAACGUUGUCGAAGAACAUUACAAUAGCAAUAAAGAUAUGCACACUGGAGGCAAAGUAUAUAUCCUAGUUGAGGAUCAUUUCAUGCAUCAACCCCCCAUGUUCAAGACUCCAGAGGCAAUGAAAUUCAAGCCAUCGACGUGA